UUCGUGAUACCCCAGUGCUUGAGAAGCGCAAAAACAGGCAACAAAUAUUGACACCGGAUACUAAUACAUGCGGACCAGCAAUGCGGACAAGGGGGGCUAAAAAAGUUAAGGAAGCACAUUGUGAGGAGAAGGUACGCAGAAGAAAGCUAAUAAUUUUACCAGAUAGUGACUUGGACACUCCCAUGGAAAACAUUGAGAAAAGAAAUAAAGGCGAGGGCGAUCAGGACGGGCCGGCAACACGUACAAGAGGAGCUCAGCGAUGGCGUGAGGAUAGCAAACCAAAGAAAAAUGUCAAAAGGAAACUAAUAAUUUCAGCAGAUGGUGACUCACAGAUGACUGCAGAUACAGCUCUACCAAAACAGGAUGCAAUUGCUGUAAAAAAAACAAAAAAAGUAAAACAUGAUCGGGUGGAAACCCGAAGUGGCAAACACGCAAAAACGACGCAUAAGUGGCCUAAAUUAAAAACACGUUCGUCACCUAUGCAGUUGUUCAAAUGCAUCAAGUCUCUAACGAGGAACCAACAAGAAGACGUUAAUAGGAUGGGUUUUGGAAAAAUGUUGUCAUUCAACAUCAGUGGGAUACCUCUAAAAAUUGCCCACUAUGUUGUGGACCACUUUAACCCAGAAGAAAUGGCUAUUGAAAUGCCAUGUGGGUCAAUAGAUGUUGAUGUUGAGUCUGUCCAUGACCUUCUAGGGAUUCCUAAGAAGGGCAUAGACAUGCAAAAUGUACGAACAUAUUCAAAGCUUGAUGUUGCUGUUGAAGCAUGGAGAAAACGAUAUCGUAAACGAUUUGUGGCACCAACGAACCUGGCACAAUCUAUACUCACAAGUGAUGAAGCCAACAGUUUUCAUUUCCGAUUGGACUUCCUGAUGUUAUUCUUAACCGUCAUGGUUGAGUGUAACAAAAAUGGGCGAAUGAAAGAGUGGAUUUUGAAAACUUUUACUGGAGACACGGAUUUCAGUAAAAUCAAUUGGUGUGCCUAUCUGAUCCAACAAAUCAAAUCAUGUAAAGAUGGCUGGAAGAGUUUUGAUCCUGAAUCUCCAUUUUCUGGACCACUCACACUUUUGGCUUUGCUAUAUGUCGACAGAGUUAAAUGCACAGGAUUUCCAGUUGACCGGACAAUAUACCCAAUCGUAUUCUGA